AUCGGAAGCCAAUUCGCGUCGCUUGGUCCAUCCACCGGUUCUCACGCAACAAACCCUUUCGUAGAGAGUACAGUACGAUCCAACACAGCCUGCAACCUCUCCCUCGACAGCUACCCGCUUCAGCCGCUAUAGAGACCAGUCCGUCUCCUCACACUCGUUCUCGGAAACCAGUCCCUUCCAGGCUCGUUUCUCCGCGCUGUCGUCAAGAUGGAAGAAAUCGGCAUCAAAGUGCCUCUGGAUGGGGACAAUGUGUACGCUGCUGCCAAGGCUGAGCUGGUGGAGGACAUGAGCGAAGAGGACUUGUACACAAAAUUGAAGAAACUGCAACGGCAUUUGGAGUUUCUGUCGCUGCAAGAAGAAUAUAUCAAGGACGAGCAAAAGAACUUGAAACGAGAGUUGAUUAGGGCACAGGAGGAGGUCAAACGAAUCCAGUCUGUUCCGCUCGUCAUUGGGCAAUUCCUCGAACCCAUUGAUCAGCACACCGGGAUCGUCGGCUCAACAACCGGUUCAAACUAUGUUGUGCGCAUCCUAUCAACACUCGACCGGGAGUUGCUGAAGCCCAGCGCGUCUGUUGCUCUGCACAGGCACUCGAAUGCUCUGGUAGCCGUUCUGCCACCGGAGGCCGACAGCAGUAUCUCCAUGCUGAGCGACCAGGAAAAGCCGGACGUCACGUACCAGGAUAUUGGAGGAUUGGACAUCCAGAAACAGGAGAUUAGGGAGGCCGUCGAAUUGCCCUUGACGCACUUUGACCUAUAUCGCCAGAUCGGUAUCGACCCACCAAGGGGAGUGCUGCUGUAUGGGCCACCUGGUACUGGAAAGACGAUGCUGGUAAAAGCUGUUGCGCAUCACACCACCGCGUCCUUCAUCCGAGUGAAUGGAUCCGAGUUCGUGCAAAAGUACCUGGGAGAAGGGCCUCGCAUGGUCCGAGAUGUCUUCAGGAUGGCGCGUGAGAACUCUCCGGCUAUCAUCUUCAUCGACGAAGUUGAUGCUAUCGCGACAAAGCGAUUCGAUGCACAAACGGGUGCGGAUCGAGAAGUUCAGCGUAUUCUUUUGGAGUUGUUGAACCAAAUGGAUGGGUUCGAUCAGACAUCGAAUGUCAAGGUGAUCAUGGCUACAAAUCGUGCUGACACUCUGGACCCCGCACUGUUACGACCCGGGCGAUUGGAUCGCAAAAUCGAAUUCCCAACGCCAGACAGGCGACAGAAGCGAAUGAUCUUCACCACAUUGACCAGCAAGAUGAACUUGUCGGAGGAGGUGGAUUUGGAAGAAUUUGUUUCGAGACCAGACAAGCUCAGCGGUGCCGAAAUCGCCUCUAUUUGUCAACAAGCCGGAAUGUUCGCCGUCAGGGCAAACCGAUACGUAGUAUUGUCAAAAGACAUCGAGAAGGCGUACAGGGCGAAUGUCAAGAAGAGCGAUUUGGAGUUGGAGUUCUACAAGUAGAUGCCGAUGGAU